GAAUAAUAAUAAUAAAUCUAAUUUUCUCCCCAAGAGAGAAGGAGACGACGGCGAAAAUGGCGAACAUGAUGCUGAGACUACCGAUCAGCUCGACGAUGAGGGGCUUCUCCGUCUCGGCUUCUUCGUCUAACGGUGCAGCGCCGUCGUCGGACAGUGGCGGAGGAGGAGGAGCAGGGCCGUUGAUUGUGGAGCUUCCAUUGGGGAAUAUACGGAGACCUUUGAUGCGAACCAGAGCGAACGAUCAGAAGAAGGUGAAGGAGCUAAUGGAUAGCAUCAGCGAGAUCGGCCUUCAAGUUCCGAUCGAUGUGCUUGAAGUGGAUGGAACUUACUACGGCUUCUCGGGUUGUCACAGGUAUGAGGCGCACCAGCAGCUCGGGCUCCCGACCAUACGUUGCAAAGUCCGCAAAGGAACAAAGGAAACUCUAAGGCAUCAUCUCCGAUGAGUGUCGGGUGUACCAAAACGCUGAAACUAUGAGCGCAGACGCCUCUGUAAUGAACUUACACCACUCUUGGUAGCAGCAAAUGUAAUGUAUGAGAAUGGCAAACAAUUAAGUUAUUAAGAACAAAUAUCCAUUC